AUGAGUUGUAAGCUGAGGGAAUCUUAUAAAGAGUUCCCUCAAAAGAGGUUCCUUCCGUCGGAAUUUGGGGUCGAAGAAGACCGGCUGAGUUUUCUGCCACCGUUUGAAGCUUGUUUAGAGAAGAAGCGAAAGAUCAGAAGGGCAGUGGAAGCAAGUGGGAUACCUUACACGUAUGUAUCAGCAAACUGUUUUGGUGCUUACUUUUUGAAUUACUUGCUUCGUCCACAUGAACAACAUGAAGAUGUUACUAUCUAUGGAUCUGGUGAAGCCAAGGCUCCGUUUACUUAUGAAGAAGAUAUAGCAAACUACACCAUCAGAGUAGCAAAUGAUCCAAGAACAUGCAAUAAAAUGGUGAUUUAUAAGAUGCAGAAGAAUAUUUUGUCCCAGAUUGAAUUAAUUUCGUUGUGGGAGAAGAAAACAGGUAAAUAUUUCAAGAAGGUUCAUGUACCAGAGGAAGAACUUGUGAAACUGACAGAGACCUUACCAUUUCCGGAUAAUGUACGAGCAUCGGUUCUUCACAGUCUAUUUGUAAAAGGUGAUCUUGUGAACUAUGAGCUUGGGGAGAAUGACCUUGAAGCUUCUAGUUUAUAUCCAGAUUAUAAGUAUACCACCGUCAAUCAACUUCUCGAUGUUUUCCUGGUUGAUCCGCCUAAGCCUGCUCUAGCUAUAUUUUGAAUCAAGUCUCCUGGUUGAUCCACCUGAGCCUGCUCUUACUACAUUUUGA